UCCAUCCCUGCUCCCCAGAUCGUGGUGUGGGAUGAGCCCUUCUUCCAGGGCAAGCGGCACGAGUUCACCAGUGAGUGCUACAGCACGCCGGAGCGUGGCUUCAACACCGUGCGCUCCUUCAGGAUCGAGAGUGGGGCCUGGGUGGGCUUCGAGCACUGCGGCUUCCAGGGGCAGCAGUUCGUGUUGGAGCGUGGUGAGUAUCCGUGCUGGGAAGCGUGGAGUGGCAGCAACGCCUACCACGUGGACAGGAUGAGCUCCUUCCGCCCCAUCACCUGUGCUGAGCACGGGCACAGCCAGCUGCUGCUGUUUGAGCAGGAGAACUUCCAGGGCAGGAGGGGGGAGCUGAGCGACGACUGCCCCUCACUGCCUGCACUGGGCUGGGGCAGCAGUGCAGUGGGCUCCUUCCUUGUCUGCUCUGGCGCGUGGGUCUGCUCACAGUACCCUGGGUAUCGUGGCUUCCAGUACCUCCUGGAGAGUGACAGCCAUGCCGGCGAGUACAAGCACGUUCGGGAGUGGGGCUCCCAUGCACAGACUGGCCAGGUGCAGUCUAUCCGCAGGGUCCAGCAGUGACUGCCAGCUCCACAUUUGCAGGCACCCCCCAGACUGUGCUGUGAUGGUGGCAAAGCUCAAUAAAAGCUCCAUUGUCCAACGUGGUGUGUUAACACUUGGAGGGUAUGUGGGCUGGGAGCAGCAAUGGGGUGCCACAGGGGUGCCCGUGUCCCCACCACUGCAAGGGGACCUGAGCCAUCACUGUAGUUCCAACCAGACAGGAGAGGAUACCGUGCUGCCUGAGCCCUGCUCAGGAGGAAUCAGGAGCUGCAAGGUCUGGCAGGCCACAGCUGCAUGCUGUGCACCCAUCUCCAUGCCCAUAUACAGCUCUGUACCUAUGCACACAUUUCUCCAUACCUUUGCAAGCUUGCAAACAUCCAUGCACACACCUGAGCACACACCUGUGCACUCACGUAUGCACCCCCACACCUGUGUUGCACCCCCAUACCCAUGGCAAAACCCUGCACACCUGUGCACUCAUGCAUGUGCCCAUAUACACCCCUCUGCAUUCAUGCAUCACCCAUCCAGCCAUGCACACAGCAGCAGGGUGCAGCCUUGCAGACGGCAGUGCCCAAGUCAGGGCUUCUCUUCCUGUCCCUGCUCAGUGCUGCAGGAGAUGGGGAAGCAGGUUGCUGGUGGGGGCUGCUGAGACACCAGCCUGUGGGGGAAAAGCAAUAAGCUGAAGCUGGCAAUGUGAUGGGGAUGGCUGGGCACUGCCCAUGGGCGCCUGCACAUGAUGCACUGUGACACAGUGAAGCCCCAGCACCGCAGCACCCACAGCUGUUACGCUCUCCCCAAGCAGCAGCCAUUGCCCUUAGCCCCCUCCUGCCCCAACCCCUCACCCAUCACUUGGGGCCACGGAGAUGGGGGGAGGGAGAGAUGUUGCCUUGGCUGCAUCUCCAGCAUUAACAUUUCAUAGGCGCUGCAGCAUCCUCCUGCACGUAGGUAGGGCUGUGGGGCCGGCAGGGGCUGCGGGGGAGGAGUUUGCAUGGCAAUAUCUUGCACAGGGAAUCUCUCUGGAAAGCUGCAGCACAAAGGAGCUGUACAGCAGCCAAGAGAGCAUGCAGCCUACCGUCCCCAAGCCAGCCACCACCUGGAAGUCAGAAUCCUCAUCAAGAAUAGGGCUCGAGACAGGUAAAUGGAUUCUUGCCUCAUUUUCAGUGCUCCUGGAAGGGAAGCAGGCAAAAUACUGGUUUGCUUCUUUGUCUUGAAACCACCAUUUUCCUCCAGGCCUGGUGCUGUUAGGUGUGGGGGGGUGUUAGAGGAGAGAGGUUGAGGAUAUCCCUGCUCUGACACAGCUCUUUCCUCUGCAAAGAGUUCAUGUGACAGCUGCUGCCGGGCUCCUUUUGGGGAGCCAUUUUCUCUCCCUCAUUGUUCCACCACUUUUGUGUGCAUGUCCAUCUCAUCCCAAGAGCCAGGAGGAAUGAGAUCCCCCAACCCCACAGGGACCCUUCCCCCCCUUUCCCCAUUACAGCUCUGCUUCACAGAGCAGCGGCCGAGCGGUACGGGAACAAAGGGCGGCAGUGGGGUGAGGGGCAGCAGUGGGUUGGGAGGGGUGGAAGGGUGCUGGGUGGGGGCCAGAAUAGAUCCACUGAUGGGGGAGGAGGGAGGAGGGAUCAUCCCACCAAGCAGAGCAGCAACAAUGAACCUCAGGCAGCAAACAGCAGCUGCUCGGCAGCUGAAGUGCUCAGUCAUCACAGAGCAGCCCCUCUGGGGCUUGGGGCCAUUGUUGCUUUUCCCACAUUGGCCUUGUGCUGUUUGUGCCCAGCAGGACAUGGCCAGGCGGGAUGUCUGCCUCCGUUACAGCCCAUGAGCAGAGACUGUGGGCACAGCGGUGGGUCUGAGGGCACUGCAGGGUAUGGGGUGCCCUCACUGCAUGGCAGUGCCAUGCUCCCCCAAGGCAGUGCUGAAACAGGGAUUUCAGUGCUGAUCCGAAGGCAUGGCACUGCUCCUUGCUCUCUUGCUGCGUUGCUUGCUUUCUUUUGCAGCUGCUAAUGACUGACCUGAGGUCUGUUCACACACAGUCCCCUGCGCAGCCCUCGCAGAGCAACAGCCGGAUGGGAUGGGGGACGCUGCACUGUGCCCAUGUAGCCAGAUUGCACAGCACCACCAGCCCCGUGGCUCUGCCACAGCUCUCACCCGAGUGCAACAAGGCACAGGGAUGUGACAGCCGCCUGCACAUGGACACUGGAGCUGCCGGCCCCAGCGGAGCCACCUGAUGCCAGCCCAGCUGCUGUGGGAACACAGCUGAAGAGAUGGUGGUGGCAGUGCCUGAGGACAUGGGACUGCCUGUGCAUGGUUCUGCCAGGUGCUGGGGCCCUCUUCUUCCUGCAGACACUCUGGCACUCCUGGAGUUGUCCCCUCCUUGGAGCCCAUCUCUCAUCCUCAUGGUGCCAGAGCUACACAUCACAUUGUAUACUCAGGUGUUGAGUGCCCCACCAGCACGGUGACAGCAGCAGGUCCCUUCCAAGCAUUUCAUCAGGAGGGCUGCAUUGCGCUCUCCCAUCCACUGACACCUUCCCAUAUCCCAUAAUAAUCCAGUGGCAGAGCCCAAAAACGCCUCCUGCUCUCCAAAGCCAUAACCAGGGAGGUGCUGCCUCGUGUGGGGACUAACCAUGCCCAGCUGUGCAUGCGUGUGCUCUGCUCCUCUCCAGCACUAACCAGGCCCCCCCCCGGGCACCGAGUGCCCUAUGUGAUCACUAACCCACUAACACACCUGCGCAUGCCCUACUAACAGCCCCGCUCUCACUAACAGCUCGCAGGCCUUAAAGGGGAACAGAAAAGCUGGGUAAGUACGGGAUUAUGUGGGGCACUGUGGGGCUGGGGAACCCAGACAGCAUGUGGGGCAGGCAGGGCAGGCUGGGCAGCCCCUCUGCAUGCCCCCUGCAUGGGGCUGCUCUCUACAGCAGUGGGGCUGCAAUGCCCAGAGUGUUGCAUAUGGUUCUGCUGCUGAUUGGAAGCCCAAAAAUGGUUUUAUCAGCAGAAGCUUUUCAGUUCCUUUUUAAGCCAGUAGAUCUCUGUGUUACUAACACAUUCCUGAACUGAAUUAAACAAACUAAUCAUUGCUGCUUUUCUCUUCAUUUCUCUUCUAGUCGUAUACGUUCUCUAAGUGCGACUGACGAUGCCAUGCUUCUCUUUACUAACAGCCUGCACUAACCUCUCCUUACUUCUUUCUCUCUUGCCUCUAACAAUUGUUCUUUGCUCUUUAACUUCCCAGCGCUGUUGGCCAUGACAGAUGAGCAGUGGUCCCCACCCACCCAGGGACCCAUGGCUGCUGACCCCACACUGCCAUUGAGUGCAGCGCAAAGGGAGAGGCUCAGGCCAGGGCUGCUUUCAAAAUUUCCCUAUUGGUCUGUUGUUUGCUGACAAAUUUCACACGGUUCAAUGAGGAAAAAGAAACUGAGUGGAAAGGGGACAGUGCCAAAAUCAUGAGCAACGACUGGCAGUUGCCACAAUAAUCCAGCAAAGCUGCCCAGAAAGUAGCACGAUGGCCAUGAGCCCCCCAGCCCCAGUUCACCUGUCAUGGAAACAGCCUCUUUGCAUUAGUGCCCUGCAGACUCUGCUGGCUCUCUUUACUCCCUUUUUCUCUCUGCAGUGAUCUUGUAACCCUGAUGCAUGCAGAAAGGUGGUGCCCGCAGUGUGCUCCUAACUAACCAUGAGUCUUUGAAAGCUGGAGCUGCCCAUGGGUUGGUACCCAUGUCCUGCCAGCCCACUGAUGGUGACAGUGACAGAGAUGGUGAUGAGCUGGCCAGAGGCACUCUGCCUUGCAGAAUCAGUGCACUGCUAAUGCUGGGGCUGGGCUGCGGCCCUUGCUUUGCUUUCUAUAGGUCUGAAAUUAGGUAAAACUCCCCUGCAUCCGCAUGGGGUUGAUCAUGAUCCAGCCAUCUGUCCAGGUUUGGCAUGCAGUGUAUAAGGGGUUGCCAGUAUGCACAGGGCACAGCUCGCCCUGCAUCCAGCAGAUGAUGGUUGUCCCUGUGCUGCCUUCAACCCCUGGGACAGAGGCCUGGCUCCUGGACCUGCAGCUGGGGAGCACUGAGCUGGCUGCCCCCUGCACCUCAGCCAUGAGUGGGGAAUCAGCAUCUGCAGCACCCAAGGGCAAGCAGCUCCCCACCUCCUCCACAUUAACCACUAACAAUCCAAUUCCUGCCCUCAGCCAGGCCGUGAUCAGGAGGAGUUUUUGGGCUGAUGCUCUAAUGUUUGAUUGAGGAGGAUGCCUGCUUCUUCCUGAUGGGGGAGCAGACACACCAGCUCUGCAUGGAGCGUAGGAUCCAAAUGGGGAAAGGAGCAGGAAGAUGAGGAGGACAGCAGGAUGGGCCAGGUCCAGGGCAGGGCAGGGAUCCCCUUGGGCAAUAAGUUCAGGGCCUGGGGAGAAACCUGCAGCAAUGAGCACUGCUCCAUCCCUACACCAUAAGCACAGGGCUAUGUGCUCCAAGUCUUGCCUGCCUGGAGCUGCGGAGAUGCAUCCUCUUUUGUAUUACCCCUGCUACCUCAGCACUCCUUAUCCCAGCCCGGUGUUUUCCUUGGCUGGGAAACAGUCUCUCUGUCUAUUCCCAUUUCAGACCUGCCUGGAGAUAGGUGGUGGUAAAGAGGGGUGUGGGACCCCCAGUAGUGUUGUGGGCAGAGAUCCAGACAGCACUGGGGUACCCCAUCCUGCCCAGGACACACCUUGUACCAGGGCACGAGAACUUCACUGUGUGUCACCUCCUCCUGCCCUAACUGUGCCUUGAAGGCCUGUGACUGGAUAGACAUCAGAGCCAGACACAGGGGUGCUGAGUCAGGCAUGUCCCCAAUAGCCUGUUCAAUGCCCGGUGUUCCUGCAGUGCUGCUGGGUGCAGGGCUCAGUGCUGGCAUGGGGUAAGAAUGCUCUGGAGAAGGGGACAUGGGGCUGAGGAAGUCCUUACUGCCUGUAAUGUCUGCUGUGAACAUGGCAAGUGUGCAAACA